AUGUUAUGGGAAUUUUCGGCAAUUAUCCGAUGGAUUGAUAGGAAAACUGUUAAAAAAUAUACAAAACUAACUAAAGAUUUAAUUCAAUUAUUGGUCGAUAAAUAUUUAGCACAUUUUAAUGAUUACGAUUCCGGCAUUGAACGUGACUUUUGCGACGCUCUAAUAGCCGCCAAAAACGAUGCCAUACGUGAGGCUAAAGAUUCGGCAACGUAUCUGACCGAUGAUAAUAUUGUUAUGGCUGUAUUUGACUUGUUUUAUGCCGGUACCGAUACAUCGUUGACCACAUUUCUAUGGUCACUGAUGUUAUUAGCCUAUUAUCCGGACGUUCAGCAAAAGUUACGCAAAGAAAUUGAGUCCUUAAUUGGCGACCGAAUUCCAACGCAUGACGAUAGACAACGAUGUCAUUAUGUGAUGGCAUUUAUGUCCGAAACGUUGAGAUACAAAAAUGUCGGACCAAUGGGUGUCUUUCAUAAGACAAUGACUACCAGUAAAAUUGGCGACUAUACUAUACCUAAAGGUAUGGCAGUGUUUGUAUAUCAAGGAUUUAUUUUAUUAGACGACAAAAAUUUUGAAAAUCCCGACACUUUCAAACCCGAACGUUUCAUCGACAGUGACGGCCAUUAUAUGACAACCCGUUCCCCAGCAUUCAUACCGUUCGGUGUCGGACGUCGUUCAUGUGUUGGCGAAAAGUUGGCAAUCGCUGACUUUUUUCUGGUUUUGGUCCGAUUUCUACAAUUAACACAAAACUAUGACAUUGUUUUGGACAGUCAUCACGACUAG